AUGGGCCCGGCCCGAUGGGCCGGCCCGCCAGCCCGGCUGAAAAGGUAUGGGCCAGGCCACGAAUUUCAGCCCGCCAGCCCAUGCCAGCCCGGCCCGUCAAGCCCGUUGGCCCGGCGGGCCAGCCCGCGGGCCAAAACGGGCCAGCCCGCGGCCCUGCCACCCUUUCCUACUGCGCGCACCCCCCACCCCACCACCAAACCACAACAUGACUCUUCUUCUCACCUCUGCGCCACACACACAGAGGCAAAGCGUCGCUUCUCCACCACCACCCGCUCUCGCCGCCGAUUGUCUCCACCACCCCGGCAGACUCCGAUCACCUUCUCUCCCCGCCUCAGUACUUUCGAAACCCUAACUCCCCCGACGCUUCCUCUUACCUCGACCCUCCUUCUUAUACUGAAGCCGUCGUCGCUUCUCCACCACCACCCGCUCUCGCCGCCGAUUGUCUCCACCCCGACAGACUCCGAUCACCUUCUCUCCCCGCCGCAGUACUUUCCAAACCCUAACUCCCCCGACGCUUCCUCUUACCUCGACUCGACCCUCCUUCCUUCCUAUACUGAAGCCGUCGUCGCUUCUCCACCACCACCCACUCUCGCCGCCGAUUGUCUCCACCCCGGCAGACUCCGAUCCCCUUCUCUCCCCGCCGCAGUACUUUCCAAACCCUAA